UUGUGGAUUCUGUAAUGAAGGAGGGUGAGGGGGGGGCUUUAAAAGAGUCACCCAGGUCAAACAGUUGUAUGUAAUGUAAGAAAUAAUUUCAGUUGCCAGGGAGUUGCAGAAAGAUUUUCCACAAUGGGUCAGCGUCUGAGCGAGGAUUGUGACCCAGACAAGGAAAUUGAUGUGGCAGAGUUGCAGGAGUGGUACAAAAAAUUUGUUGUGGAAUGCCCAAGCGGAACUCUCUUCAUGCAUGAGUUCAAGAGCUUUUUUGGCGUUACUGAAAACAAAGAGGCCGCAGAUUACAUUGAAAACAUGUUUCGAGCCUUUGACAAGAACGGCGACAACACCAUAGAUUUUCUGGAGUAUGUGGCAGCCUUGAACUUAGUCCUGAGGGGUAAAUUGGAACAUAAGCUCAAAUGGACAUUCAAAAUGUAUGAUAAAGAUGGAAGUGGGUGCAUUGAUAAAACAGAGCUUCUUGAAAUUGUGGAGUCUAUUUAUCGACUGAAGAAAGCCUGUCAUGGAGAGCUUGAUGAAGAAUGCAAUCUGCUGACCCCAGACCAAGUGGUUGACCGGAUAUUUGAGCUGGUUGAUGAAAAUGGAGAUGGGGAGCUGUCGCUGGAUGAGUUCAUUGACGGAGCACGGAGGGACAAGUGGGUGAUGAAGAUGCUCCAGAUGGAUGUCAACCCUGGGGACUGGAUGAAUGAUCGAAGACGCAGCGCUAACUUCUAAGACUGGACAUGUGGACUGUCAAACUGUCACAAACACACACCCUUUAUGUGUGACCGAUCAUGUUGUGAUUUUGUAUCUGCUGCAGUUUACAUGUGUACCACAGUCAUCCUGGCGUUGUACUGCAAUAUUUUGCUUGCAAAGGAGCUACCUGUUCAUUUACUUCAGUUCAGAUUUCACAGUUAGGCUACUGAGUAACAGUAAUUUUGACCUUAUUUAUUGCCAUGCAGAAGGUCUGUUCAUUGGCUUGUAUUUUGUAGAUACUGCAGACAUAAGGUGCUUGCUGCAUAUUCUUUUUUGUUUUGUAUCUUAAAAUCAAUAAAAGAGUUACCCAAUUAAAACCUUUCUACAACCGUGGUCCAUUACAGAGAAGCGUUUUCACUUAUUUAGGCUUUUUAGACCUCUUGUCUGCACUGUGUGGACAUGCAGCUGCAGGACAACUUUAAGUUGACUGAUUUUUAUUGGUGC